AUGCUGCGCGCACUGCUCCGACCGGCGCGGACGCCGCCGCGACAGGAACGCCAAGUCGCCACCCUCAUCUUGCUGCGCCACGGCCAGUCCGUCUGGAACGGCGCGACGGCCACGUUCACGGGCUGGUGCGACGUCGCGCUGACGAGUAGAGGGCGCUCACAAGCUAGAGAAGCGGGCGAGUUACUCAGAUCCAAAGGCUACGACAAGAAGCUCUCAGCUUGUUUUACGUCCGAGUUAGAGAGGGCCUGGGAGACGGCGGAGAUUUGUUUGGAGGCCAUUAAGACGAAUGUGGAGAUAGAGCGGGACUGGCGCUUAAAUGAGAGACAUUACGGGAGCGUGCAGGGCAUCUGCAAGGGCGACGCGGCUUUGCAAUCGUACUUUGGCGAGGAGGAGAUCAAGAAGUGGAGAAGGUCCAUGCACGGCAAGCCGCCGCCGUUAGACGAGUCGCAUCCCCACUACCUACCCGACCCGGCGCCGAGAACAGAAUCUUUAGCGGACUGCCAGGCUCGCGUCUUGCAGUGCUUCGAAGACACGAUAAAACCAAGGUUGUUCGAGAAACCGAAGCAGUGCGUGUUGAUUGCUGCGCAUUCCAAUACGUUGAGAGCGCUCAUGGCGCACGUCGACGGUGUGCCCGACGACGAGGUGCCGCAGCUGCACGUUCCUAACUCGGUACCUAUCCUGUAUCGAUUUGAUGAGGAGACGCAGCAGCUCGCGUCGCAUAAAUUAGGAGCGGAGAACGCGCCGGACUCGCACGCUCGCUGGUUACUGUCCUCGCGGAACCUAGAAAGAUUACGAAGCGCGGUGCAGCCGGGCGGUCAAUUGACAAGAGCACUGUUCGAUGCUCUAGAUGAAGAUGGUGAUAGAAUCUUGCGUGUCAAGGAGAUCGAGGCGGGCAUCAAGCGGCUGCUCGGGGACGAUGUGGUGGUGGCCGGUGUGGUGAAAAACAUCGUCCGAGGCUUGGACCUGGCGGACGACGCGACGAUCACGCUGGAGGAGUUCGAGGCGGCGGCGAACGCCGUGGCGGCUGAUGUGUUUGCCGAAGCGGAUAAAGCGCGCGCGAAGCGGACGGAGAAGCGCCACGAGCUGGCGCGCGAGGCGGCGCGCGCGGUCGCGGAGCGGCGGCGGCGGGCGGUGGGGGAGGAGCGCAUCCUGGAGCGGGUGCGGUAGUGGUCCUUUUUGUGUAAAAAUAGCUUAUUCUGA